UUUUUUCACCUUUUUAUGUAAACAACAUGGCGAUUCACGGCUGGCCCUGUUAGCCGACUGCUGCAACACUGUGCUUGUCAAACCAUUACUUUUCACGUGUUAGGACGUCAUACGCGUGCCCUAGCGGGAGUGACACAUAGGACACAUUAUUAAGUGAACAAAGAAACGACUUGGAGCUGGCUCGACGAGCUGUCAAGCAGACUGUUUGACAGUCAAGCGGCUCCCCUCAGUCUAUGGGCUCUCAGUCCAGUUCUGGGAUGUCUGGAGGAAGGGGCUCUUCCAGUGGCAACCCAGCUGAGCAGCCUGAAGCAGCAGAACCGAACCAGAGCAGCAGCAGCAGCAGCAGAGUCCGCAGGCCUGCUGAGAGGCAGCAAGGAGACAGACAGCCAGCAUCUGAGGAGGACGUUGACUUAGCUGAAGUGCUGGCUUACCUACUAAGAAGGGGCCAGGUCAGACUGGUCCAUGGCAGUGGAGCCACAGGGCUGCAGCUGGUCCAGUCAUAUUCUGACUCUGAUGAGGACAGUGACGGAGCCUGGGAGGGUCGGCUGGGCGACCGCUACAAUCCACCAGUGGACACCCAACCUGACACCAAUGAGGUGGACCGAAGUGAGAUCCGAACCCAGAUCCUGCUUGCGACAGCCUCCUCUUCCCUGAAAGGCAGACAGAGUUUCACCCACAUGCUUACAGAGAGGGAACAAGGCAGAUGUAGAGGCACCAGUUUUUCCCAUGGAGAGUGUAGUCGUAUCCGCACACAUUUUCUGCCAAACUAUGUUUCCCACAAGGAUACAUACCAACAGAAAGCCUUCUGUGGAGUGUACAGCGAGGAAGGCAACAUGUUUCUCUCUGCCUGCCAAGAUCAGAACAUCCGCCUGUACGACACCACCAAGGGGCGGUUUCACCUGCGGCGCACAGUGAAGGCCCGUGAUGUGGGCUGGAGUGUGCUGGAUGUCUGCUUCACUCCAGAUACACAGCAUGUGCUCUAUUCCAGCUGGUCUGACUACAUUCAUUUGUGCAGUAUAGAUGGAGACAGUGAAAACCACACCGCCCUGGACCUCAACCCAGAUGAAAGGAGGUUCUGUGUGUUCUCACUGGCUGCGUCCACAGAUGGCAAUGAGAUCCUGGGAGGAGCAAACGAUGGCUGCCUUUAUGUCUUCGAUCUGGAGCAGAAUAAACGGACGUUGAAGAUUGAUGCCCACGAGGACGAUGUGAAUGCGGUGGCGUUCGCCGACAGCUCGUCCCAGCUGCUCUUCUCUGGCAGCGACGAUGCGGUGUGCAAGGUGUGGGACAGACGGACGCUGCGGGAGGACAGACCACAGCCUGUCGGACAGCUGGCCGGCCAUCGAGACGGCAUCACCUUCAUCCACAGCAAGGGUGACGCCCGUUAUCUGAUCAGCAACUCGAAGGAUCAGUCCAUCAAGCUCUGGGAUGUCAGAAAGUUCUCGCCCAAAGAGGGGUUAGCAGCCUCCCGCCUGGCUGUCACACAACAGAACUGGGAUUACCGCUGGCAGCAGGUUCCCCAGAGAGCUCUGAAGAGACACAAGCUGACCGGCGACACCUCUGUGAUGACCUACCGCGGCCAUGGCGUUCUGCACACCCUCAUCCGCUGCCGUUUCUCCCCUGAGUUCAGCACGGGACAGAGGUUCAUCUACUCGGGCUGCUCCACGGGCAAAAUCAUCAUCUAUGACGUGCUGACGGGCGCUGUGGUCUCCAGACUGUCAGGCCAUGAUGCAUGUGUGAGGGACGUCAGCUGGCAUCCCUACGAGGACAACAUCGUCAGCAGCUCUUGGGACGGCGCGGUGCGCAUGUGGGAGCACAGACAGACCCAUCCUCUCGAGGAAGGGAGAGAGGGAGAGAGACUGACAACGGGAGAGAAGGACCUUUGAGACGGCGAGAAAGGAAGAAAAAAAAAAGUCAGAGGAGGCGGCAUAUCCACGGAGGGCUCGAGGCUGGCCCGUACAGAGGAAAACAAUAAGCUCAGAAGAACUGGGAGAGACUUUCAUUACUUUUUAAAUUCAAUGCUGGAUAUUCAUUAUUACAUUAAUUGAGUGGUUGUUAGUUGUUCGUUGAGAAGGCAUUAUAGCCUUACACUGUCAUGGACAGACGGGCACAGUGGGACGGCCUACUUCUUUUUUCAGUGUUUUUUUUAAUGGCCUGAAUCCACGUCACAACAAAAAUGUGCUUUAGCUCUUAACGCCAAGCACUGCACUUACUUAAAGAGCAUCUGAAAUUAAAAGGUAAGCUAGUCAUUUGAAAAUCAAAAAGUUGGAUAUUGCAGGAUGAAACUUGGGAUGAUUCUGUAUAAAUGUAAAGUAUUUUAAUGGUAUGUGUGUUCAGGGAGUGUAUUUAGAUAGUUGUUAGGUUUGCCGGCUUGGACUCACUUUUGACUGUGCUGUCAGGAUUACGGAGUCUUCUUUGAAGGCCUGUCAUGUUCAGACGCCACCUUUAAACACCCCGUAUAUUCAAAGAAUCUAGCACAUCAUUUUGCCACACUGAAGGCACAGCUCCUAAAGUCUGCUGUCCUGGAGUAAACAAUUGGUCGGCCACUUGGUAAACUGUAGAAAGGACACUUACUAGGGGUCAGCAUGCAAGUUGACCAGGAUGCUGAAAUGUUUUAAGUGUUUAAUCACAAACGAUUGUACAGUAGUUUCUCUCUAGACCACCUUAAGUCUUAAGGCAACACCCCCCCCCCCCCCCCCCCCCCCCCCCCCCGGACUCUAAACACAAAGCCCUGAGCCAACUUAGAAAACCCAGGCUAAUUUUUUGUGAGCCAAUAUAAACCUGUGAUCUGUUUCAAAGAUUUGAAUGUUUAUGAUACAAUGUUUAAGACUUGUUAAAGGGACUGGGGAUGUGUGCGUGAAUCAAAAGUUACACACUGAUCUGUAUUAUGCAAUCUUCAGGGGUUUAUAUCAAAGCUCAUGUUUCACUCUCGGACCGUUGUUUUACGGUAACAAUAAAACCUCUCUUUAAAUGUA